AUGGCCACCAUCACGACGGUUCCCUUGCACAUCUUGACCGACAUUCUUUGGCACUCCGCGCUCUACGGAGGCCUUGCCUUUGGCCUCGCGGGCCUUGCCCGUUUUUUGUACCUCGCCUUCAUCUAUCCCAACUUUGUGUCUCCUCUGCGCGACCUUCCGGGUCCAAAGCUCCUCAACCAGUUCCGCUCCGGCGACCCCGAGCAGCCCUACACGGACUGGAUGCAGCAGUGGCCCGAUGCGCCGCUGAUCCGCUACCGGGAGACCGGCGUGGCGGCCGAGGGCCUGCUGAUCAACAGCGCCGCUGCGUACCGCGACGUCAUGCAGUCGCAGACGUGCUACGCGUACGAGCGCUCGGUGCCGUUCCGCCGCCUGAUUGGCGACAUUAUCGGCGUCGGCCUCGUGUUUGCCGAGGGCAGCGAGCACCGCGCCCAGCGAAAGGCGCUGGGCGGCCUGUUCACCGUCGGCAACAUCAAGGCGUAUCUGCCGACGCUGCAGGCCAAGGCCGGGCGUCUUGUGGCCGAGAUGGACCGCGCCAUUGAUGGCGCUGCGGCGGGGACGGACGGCACCAGCGGCCGCGUCGACUGCAAGCAGCUGUAUGCCAAGAUCACGCUCGACGUGAUUGGCAUUUUUGCGCUGGGCAUCGACUUUGACAACUUUGCGACGCGCACGCCCUUCCAGUCCAGCUACGAGGCCAUGUUCGACCUGUCGACGGCCGGCAUGCUGCUGGCCGCCAUCAACCUGGUGGUGCCGAUCCGCUGGCUGCCCCUCAAGGCGAACCGGGAGUUUAUGGACGCCAGCACCGAGCUGCGCGGCAUUCUGACGGGCAUCACCGAGGCCCGCAUUCGCUCCGUGGGCGAGGCGGCGGCGGCCGACAGCAAGGAAACAAAGACAGCCAAGACUGCUGCAACGACGUCGGCGGCCAGUCCCACCAAAGACGUCAAAGACCUCCUCACGUACAUGGUCGAGACCAAGUACCGCGCGGUCGACCCGGCCAGCCGCUGGUCCAAGGAGGAGCUCAUCGAGCAGGUCCUCAACUUCAUGGCCACGGGCCACGAGACCACGGCGGGCGCGCUGACGUUUGCCACGCACGAGCUGGGGCGGCACCCCGACGUGGUGGCCAAGCUGCGCCGCGAGGCCCUGACGCUGCCCGCGGCACCCUCCUUUGCCGAGAUUGACCGCCUCCCCUACCUCGACGCCGUGCUGCGCGAGUGCCUCCGCGUCCAGACGCCCGUGGCCGGCAUCCCCCGCGUCGCCCAGCACGACGUCGUCGUCGCCGGCCGCUUUGUCCCCAAGGGCACCACCCUCAUGCCCAUCCCCGCCGUGCUGCACCGCAACACGCUGCUCUGGGGCGACGACGCCGCCGUCUUCAACCCGGACCGCUGGCUCGCGGACCCCGGCACCGGCGGCGCCGUCGACCGCGACACGUACGCCUGGGUGGCGUUCGGCCACGGCCCGCGCGCCUGCAUCGGCCGCGCCCUGGCGUCGCUCAAUGUCAAGGUCGUGCUGCUGGCCCUGGUGCGGCACUUUACGUGGGAGUCGGUGCACAAGGGCAAGCUGCCGGUGGUCAACCCGUCGGGCCAGCUGCGGCCGAGCGGGGAGGUGUGGUUGAAGGUGGCGCGUGUUGACGAUGGCGUGGUCGCUGAGGCCACGUAG